UGUGUAUAUGUAUUUAUGAGUGUGUGUGUGUGUAUAAGUGCGUGAGUGUGAGCACAUAUUGUGUUUGCGCAUAUAGUUUGCGUGUGUGUGUAUAUGAGUGAGUACGUGUUUGUAUAUAAUGUGUGUUUGGGUGUGCUCUUGUAGUGUAUGUGUUUGCAUAUAGUGUGUGUCUGUCUCUGUGUGUGUACAUGUACGUGAGUUUAUAGUGUGUGUGGGUGUAUAAGUGAGUGUAAAGUGUGUGUGUGUGUGAUUGAGUGAGUUCGAUCUCUUCCUCUGUUCCUGAAGUGUCAGUGGUCUCCAGCGGGGUGUGUGUGUGUCACACACACAGAAUGUUCAGUCCUGCUCUCCGUCUGCUGGUGCUGAAGGCUGCGCUCUGAGCUGGUCUCCAGGUCAUGGAUUACCCAGAAUCCUCAGGCUGGUGUGAGGACUGUGGGAACUGGUCUGAAUGGGAGCACUGGGAUCAGUCGGUGUUCAGCGAGUGUGAGCUGCUGGUGGUGACGCUGCUGUGUGCGCCGCUGCUGCUGCUCGGCAUCCUGGGAAACGCCCUGACCAUCAUGGUGGUGUGGCGACGCCCACAGAUGAGGAGCACCACGUACCUGUACCUGAGCAGCAUGGCGGUGUCAGACGUGCUCAUCCUGCUGCUCAUGCCCCUCGACCUCUACAAGUUGUGGCGCUACCGGCCAUGGCUGCUUGGCGCAGUGGUGUGUAAGCUGUCGGUGUUUGUGGGCGAGUGCUGCACCUUCUCCUCCAUCCUCCACAUGACGGCUCUCGGUGCGGAGCGCUAUCUGGCCGUGUGUUUCCCGCUGCGCGCACGACUGCUGGUCACCAAGGGGCGUGUCCGAGUGCUCAUUGGUGGGCUCUGGGGCGUGGCUCUACUCAGCGCCGGGCCGGUAUUGGCUGUGGUGGGCGUGGAGCGGCUGGGGGGCGGAGUCACUGAGUGCCGUUGUACUGAGUUUGCGCAGAGCUCCGGGCUGCUGAAGGUGAUGCUGUGGCUCUCCAACCUGUACUUCAUCUGCCCACUGCUGCUGCUGACGCUGCUGUAUGGCCUGAUCGCCCGCCGCCUGCACCUGCGUGCGCACACACAUACACACCGGGACAACACACACCGACAGACCCUGCGCAUGAUGGUGGUCAUCGUUCUGGUCUUCAUCUUGUGUUGGCUGCCGUUCCACGUGAGCCGGACACUGUUUUCGGUGUCGGACUCCAGCGCUGAGCUCUAUUACAUCAGUCAGUAUUUUAAUCUGGUGUCUUUAGUGCUGUUUUACGUCAGCGCUGCAGUCAAUCCGCUGCUGUACAACAUCAUGUCUGCCCGCUACCGUGCCAAUGUGCUGGCCAUGCUGCGGCUAACAGUGGGCCCCACGGACGAGCUGCGCCACAGGGCCCGCACCUCCCCGCUGACCGCCUCACACUCCAGCACACACUUCUGAGCCUCCACGCAUCUACAAGACUAGCUGAUUGAGCUCAUUU